UAAAGAGGAAGAAGUUUGAUGAUGAAUUGGUGGAGAGCAGUCUCGUGAAGUCUUCCAGUAGAGUCAAAGGCCCUCCUGUCAUAGAGCCUGUCCGCUGUUCAGGGAGCGAACCUUCAUCUAGCGAGAAAAAAAAAGGUGACAAAAUCAGGAACCUCUCUCACACUGCCUCUCAGCAUGGUAGUAAACCCUGCACCCAUCACUAAAAGAGUCAAGAAAAGCAAGCAGCCUCUACAUAUUACUAAAGACUUGGGAAGAUGGAAACCCACUGAUGACCUGCUACUUAUAAAUGCAGUGUUGCAGACCACAGACCUAACCUCUGUUCAUUUGGGGGUCAAGUUCAGCUGUCGUUUCACGUUGCGGGAAAUUAAAGAGAGGUGGUACGCUCUUCUCUACGAUCCUGUCAUCUCAAAGCUGGCAUGGCAGGCCAUGCGUCAGCUUCACCCAGAAGCCAUUGCAGCAAUCCAAAGCAAAGCUCUCUUCAGUCAGGCUGAGGAGGCACUGCUGGCUAAGAUUGGUUCAACUAGUCAGCCCAAACUGGACGUGUUCCAGGAGCUUCUGAGCAAACACCCCGGUGUCUUUCACCCAUCUCGCACCCCUAAGAGCCUGCUGGUACACUGGCAGCUGCUGAAGCAGUACUACCUACUGGAUGACCAGAGCGUCCAGCCUCUCCCUAAAGGUGACCAGGUCCUCAACUUCUCUGAUGCUGAGCAGAUGGUCGAUGAUGUAAAGUUAAAGGAGAGUAGAGAUGAGGUGUUAGAACAUGAGCUGAUGAUUUCCGAUCGCCACCAAAAAAAAGAGAUCAGACAACUGGAGCAGGAGUUGCCUCGUUGGCAGGUCCUCGUGGACAGUAUUACAGGGAUGAGCAUGCCUGACUUUGACAACCAGACUCUGGCAGCGUUACGAGGAAGAAUGGUACGCUACCUCAUGAGAUCACGAGAGAUUACGUUGGGCAGGGCGACCAAGGAUAAACCAAUAGAUGUAGAUCUAUCGCUAGAGGGACCUGCCUGGAAAAUAUCAAGAAAACAAGGAAUUAUUAAAUUGAAGAAUAAUGGAGACUUCUUCAUCGCCAAUGAGGGCAGACGACCCAUCUACAUUGAUGGCAGACCGGUCCUGUCGGGCAACAAGUGGAAACUCAACAACAACUCAGUGGUGGAGAUUGCAGGUCUUCGCUUUGUGUUUCUCAUUAACCUGGAACUCAUCUCACUUAUAAAAGCUGAAGCAGCCAAGAUGACGCCGCAGUGAAUGUCAGCCAUCCGGCAGAAGAACAUACUGGACGCAAACUGGCAGGCGAUCCGAUCCGGUCAGUCCUGCUAUGUCCAACAGUGGUUAACAGUUUAUCUCAUGAAGCGCAGUAGUACUACCACGAAUCAGACCGACAACGGCCACAUUAACCUGAAAUGUGAAUUCUAAACAGACUACAGCUCAAUCCUGGAGAAAGGUAGUAACAAAUGUUACUUGUUGUUUGGACAGUUUCCAUGUUGUAAUGUAGACACGUUUUUUUUUUUUUCCUCAAUUUUUUCAGAAUAUUGUAUUUAAAUUCUGUAGUAAAGCUUUUUCAAAAUAUUAAACUUGUAUACACGCUGUUCUGAAGUUUUGAGUCCAAUCUGCAAAAAAAAUGAAAUACAUGGAGAUGUGAGAAAAGGACUUUAGAUAUCAUUUGACUUGUUAUCUGUGGCCCGAAUCUCUCAUAGUAUAUCUUUUAAUAUGAGUAUAUUUAGAUGUUAUGAAAGGUUUGUCCAUAUUUUCUUUUACUAGAAUGAUUGAUCAGUUAGAAAUCAGAAAAUGGUAACAGGAAAUGUAUGUCUCAGACACUUGACCACAGAGGACCAGUGAGCUACUUCCUACACUUACAUAAGCAGGUAACUCGCCUCUUGAAUGACUCGCAUAUGAACCAGCAAUGGAUUAAUAGAAUAGUAAAACGUGACGUGUUUAGUGCUUUUGGAUCCUUUUAUCAAUGUUCUUAAACCUCACAUACUGUCACAUCAAUAACAUAAAUUAUUUUGAAAAGACUUCACUAAACUAGAACAGUUUGGUGUAAAUAGAUCACUUUGUUAUCAAGGUGGGGAUGGGGAACGAAUGGGGGGGGGGUGAACUGUCUGUUUGUGAUUUUAUUUGUUUUUCAUCAUCAAACACUGAAAAAAAUCACAGUGAAAUGUUAAGAAAUCUCCGUAGCAUAUGACAGGGAUGUGGGAGAACUACUUACUUGAGGGAAAAUGUUAUAUUAAUACUCAAGUUAAACUUUUUUUUUUGCAUAUUCUUUUAAAACCAGUGACCAAAACAUACAAAAGAUAAUACAAAUAAUUUGAAUAAAUAUUGAAAUCAAAGGCAAGCAAGAAUUGGUAGAAGUACUGUAUAACUGUAGCUCUUGACUGUUUAUUGCAGCAGUGUUGAUUCUGUACACUUUGCCAACAGGUAGUGCUAGAGAGCCCAGUAUGCACACACAGUGUAAGUGAUAGGGUUUCUCUACAGUAGAAGCAAAUACUCAAUAUAUUUUGAACAGUACUAUUCUGAGAUGUAUUUCUAAUACUUUUGAUCAGGCUGAAAUACUGAUCAUACCUAUCUCAUGGCAGGUGGUUACACUUUAAAAACUACAAAAAAAAACUUGUUUAGGGGAAAUCUUUCUGGCAUUUACAGCUCUAGUACAUGAACAGAUUGCACCCACCUGCAUACCAUUUUCCUUAGACAAAUAUGUAUUUAAGGUGUGUGUAGAGUGCGACUGUGACCUGAUGUGGAAAUGUCAGACAGAUCUGUCCCAUAACUUGUUUUGUCUGUAAAAUGUGUCGCUGAUCAACAGGAUGUUCUGGUCCAUUUCACAAAGUGUACUUCACUGACAUGAAGGUGGAAAUAAGGACACUGGACAAUCUAAACACCCACAGAAAUGACCUGGAUAACUUAGGGCAUGUGUAAAA